GUUGCAAGUUGGCCGAUGGCGUAUUUCAGCAACAAGCAAGCAUGCGUGUGGCACGGCGGGUACAAGCUAGCGCAUCCGGAGCCUGCCUCCGACGCUACGAUGGGGUACAGCGGUGCCGCGGCCGCGGUGCUUCAUGACAAGGCAUUGGUCGUGGGUGGGCGUGAUUUGCUGGGGGAGAGAUUGCAUGAAAAGUCGCUUGUGAUCCUCUUCGACAUGAAUCAAGAACGAAUCGUGUACGACUACGACGUCGUUGGCGCCAUGUCUCGUCGAAUCGGCCAUGCCGUGGCCGCCCUGCCAUCGACUGAAUCCUGGUUUGUGUUUGGCGGCGAGCUCUUGGCCGAUGAAGAUAAUUCCAGAUUGCUUCAACCACUCGGGGAUCUGCACCGAGUCACGUACGCCAACCAUGUUGCUCGCAUUGAAAAGCUACAGCUCAAGGACGGCCCCGUCGCGCGGGCAUGGCAUACGCUGACUACCAUCCGAUAUCGCCCUCCGCAGGACGCUCCCCCGACCCUCAAGGGAAAGCAAGCGUCUAUCUCAACGAUUCAAGUUUCGGAGCUCGACGAUGCCCUACUCCUUCUAGGGGGGAAAAAUGGUGGGAAAGACGUGUGGGUGUUUCAAUAUGAAAAGGUUGCGCCUGUCGACGACGGCGACUCGAACGCAGCCGACACGAAUAAUGCCCCGAAGUGGUCCAAGAUGCAGACGGACGGAGCAUCUCCUUUGCCCCUUGCGUACCAUACAUGCCAUGCUGUGGGUGACGGAACGAAAGUGGCUGUCGUGGGGGGCGUGCGUGACGGGGUGUUUUCCGACGCGCUUUCAAUAUUGGAUGUGCUGACGGGCACAUGGACGACGCUGGUGCAGUCGCCGUUGCUUCAGCGAAGCUGUCAUUCCACUGCAUUCGUGCAUGCUCCGACGUCGGUUGUUAGCGGUCCAUCCUCCGAGGCCUUCGCCUCUCUCUUUCCUCGAUUGCCAGCGCCACCCCCCGAGGCUCCAUCCAAACCUAGCGACAUGGUCCCAGCAUGCACGGAUUCAUUCGCAGGCCUCGACUGCCUUGUUGUGUUCGGUGGCAUCACUCCCGAAGAAGUCGCUCCCCUUGACUGCUUCGUCGCGAUCGACCCAGUCGCUGGAGCUGUUGUGCGUGUCGAUGGCCAUUUGGCCUUGAGCAGCCACAUGGGCCAGGCAGUGGCAGCGUCGACGGACCGGCGCAAACUGUUUGUGUUUGGGGGAACCCAUGCGACAUCGCAUGCGUGGCUCGAUACAACGAUGUGCGUGGACUUGUGGACAUACCAACAUGACCCGCUUCCCCCUCCUCCCUUGGAGCGCAUGCGGACGGUGGAAUACUCGAAUGGAGACGUGUAUUUGGGCGAAUUGAAUGACGCCAACUUGCGCCACGGCCUCGGAACAUGCACGUACGCCACAGGAGAUGCCUACGAAGGGCACUGGGCAGACGAUCUGUGGGCUGGCCAAGGGCGGUGGGAGGCGACCGAUGGCCAAGUAUACGUCGGAUCGUUUUGCGCGAACCAGCGCCAUGGCAGUGGCCUGUGGACGUGUAGUCCCAGGUUGGCAUCGGCUUCAACGCCUGGCAAGUUGAUCGAAGUGUCAUACGACGGACCGUGGGCGCGUGGCCGUCGGCAUGGAAGCGAUGGCGUCGUGAUGUAUUCGAACGGCGCCACGUUGAAAGGCGCGUGGGUCGACGAUGUCCUGCAAGCUUCGACGGUUGUCAUUGAAUCGUAUGUGGAUCGAGGUGGAAAGCUCGUGGGGCUGUACGAAGGUGCAGUCGACGACACGGCACUCCAUGCCCCGCACGGCCAAGGUCGCUUUGAAUCACGUGGGUACCCGAAAUGCGGUGAAAUGUACUCGGGUAGCUGGGCGCAUGGCAAACGUGAGGGGCAAGGCAUGUGCAUGGCGUUUGAUGGCACGGUAUACAUGGGCGAGUGGAAGAACGGGAAGCGAAAUGGGAUGGGCGCGUGCGACUAUGCCAAAACGCGAGAUCGAUAUGAGGGCAAAUGGGUUGGCGAUGUGCGCUGCGGUCUUGGAACGUGCACGUAUGCCGCGGGGUUCGUGUACGAAGGACAGUGGACUCAUGACAAGCGCCACGGAGACGGACGAUGUACCUACAAAGACGGAACUUUCUAUCAAGGCCACUGGGAGAACGACGAGUUCUGUGGCGACGGCGCGCUCAUCUUGCCGUCUGCUUGAUCGACAGGCAUGAAAUGUGGUUGCCAAAACACGCAGUGCCAAUUCUGGCGACA